AUGGCGUCUCGAGAGAUCAUCGAUCUCACCGAACCAGAAGUCAUCGAACUCGACUCGGACGGAGAAGAGGUUGAUGCACGUCCAUCCGCGAACGGCUCCCCGUUGGCCCAGACAACACAAGCAGAUGACCUACCGCAGCAAGGACAGACGAAGAAGAAGCGGAGGAAGAAGAAGCGCAAGGCAAGCGCGGCCGCGCAACCUUACCAGGACGAACAAGCCGGCACUACCACUACCUCUGCUGAAGUUUCCCGCCCACAAUCACCCGACCGGCAAGACGAGCCAGAGAUCACUGAGGUGGAUAUGGAACCCGGACAGAUCCAAGGAGCGAAGAGCUCGCACUCACAGAACCGCAGUCUCGCGGAGCGACUUUCGGGACCUGCGGAGGGGAGUUCGCGGAGCGCUGCUAACGGCGAGGGGCGGAGGCGGGGGCAGAAGGACGGGGAGACGAAACCUGAUGCAGAGCGAGGGAAAGAACGCGAAAAGGACAGGAAACGGGAGCGGGAGCGGCGGAGGAGGAGUAGGUCACCACAGCGAGACCGAGACCGAGUUCGGGACCGGAACCGCGACGCACGCAGGCGAUCUCGCUCGAGAGAGCGCGACGGCGAAAAGCGGUCGCGCGACAAGGCAUCCGAGCGCAACGCUCCUCUCUUCUUCGAAGACGUUACUCCUGCUGAAGUGCCCGCAGCCGCCAAGCUGCUGGAUGGCGUCGCGGGUCCCUCGAGACAAUCCGGAGAGGCCAGAUCGAACACGCUCUCUUCAACCGAAUCCCAGGCCGCCAACGUCCUCCUCCUUCCAACACAUGUAUCUGUCGCUGAAGGAGCGGAGGCAGAGGCGUUGGAGCUGGGUCCGUUGGCUGUACCGACACCUGAGGUCGGUUCGGACGAGGAGGAUUACAUUGACUACCUCGAUUACGACGACAAUCUUAAGGCGGAAGUAGCGAAAGCUUCUAAACCAGCUCGCAUCGUCUGCAAGAAAUGUGGUGCCGAAGGCGAGCAUAAGACUUACGAGUGUACCGUCCUUAUCUGUCUAAUUUGCGGAGCGCGUAAUGAACAUCCGACACGGAGCUGUCCGAUUAGCAAGGUGUGCUUCACUUGUGGUAUGAAAGGUCACAUCAACAAGGUAUGCAGGCGGGUACAUCAGACACCGAGCCACUGUGAUCGGUGCGGGGCGCGGACCCAUCAAACCAACGAAUGUCCGACCCUGUGGCGUUUGUACAAGUACGUUGAGGACGAGGAUCGCCAAGAAAUCCUUCGCGUGCGCGAAACGAAACGUGUGCUUGCUUUCGGCGAGGGCGGCGAGGGUUAUAUUGCUACCGACGAAUGGUGCUACAACUGUGGCGAAUGCGGUCAUCUCGGCGAUGAUUGUAAAACCGUCGCCCAUCCUUUCGACAUGCCUCAUGAGCCGUCCGCAUUUAGCUUGUACAACAUCUUGUCCGGACCGUUCUCAUCGGAGGCACUGAGGUCUUCGAAACGCGCUCCACGGGAUUGGGAGACUGCUUCCGCGUUCGCAGACGGGCACGGCGCCACACUCCCCACGGACGUUGGCAGGCAGGGUCGUCGCAAAGAGCGUGAACGUCUCGGCAAAGCACAGCUGCUUCAGGACGCAGAAGACGAAGAAGAUGACUGGUUCGGCAGCGCGCACUCAAGAGCUCGCAGUGACGCCCGAGCAAGUCGGGAAGGCGGCCGUAACGGUGGUAGGGGAAAGGCAGAAGGGAAGGUCAAGUUCAACUUCUCUUCCGGCGCAUCGUUUGGUGGCGGAGAGAAGGAGGGAAAACGCCAGCGGACGUCAUAUAACGACCUACCCGGACCAUCUAGGGAGACGGAUACCCUCCAGAUUCGUGGCGCGUCACGGAAGCAGAGCUAUAGUUCGACAUCUUCAAAAGAUUGCCAUGAUCGCCAUACGCGCGAUCGUAACCGUAACCGAUACGAGGAGAUGCGAGAGUCUCAGCGAGGGCCACGUUAUCGCGGAGGGUAUCGAUGA